UUGAUUUAUGACUCUCACAUCCAAAGACGUGAACUCCACGCAACACAAGCCAAUCUUUCUAAGUUUAUACACACCAAACAAAACAAAACAAAACAAAAAGCGUAAAGAGGAUCAUUACACCACAGCAACAACAACAACAACAACAAAAAGCUUCAAGACAAUGAGAGUUAAAGCAACAUUGAUUAACUUCAAAUCAAAGCUUUCCAAAUCAUGCAACAGAUUUGUCUCUCUCUUCCGCUUCAGAGUUAAAAGAUCUCUCUUUAUCAGACCUCUUCGUCGUGCUCGUCAUGGCAAUGUCAAACCUAGACAUCAUCAUCAUCAUCCCAAGAAGCCAAUCUCUUCUUCUUCUUCCUCUUUGCUGUCUUGUCUCUGUUUUCUCAGCACAAACAAAGACCAGAACAUGAGACAAACCAAACCUAGAAGUUCCUCUUUUAGUGUGAAGGAUGAUGAUUCUUUAAAGUUAAUACAUUCGCCUCUUACACCAGCAGCAGCCAAGAAGCUGUUCACUUCACCCAUCACAACGCCUGUUUAUGCAAAACAGACCAAGAAAUCACUGGGCACAAGAGAAACAUUCGAAGACAAUGCAGUGGAAGACGCUUGCAGAAGCUUUGAAAACUAUCUGAUUCAACUGAUUGUUGAAGAAGGGAAAAUGGAUGACUUGAUGGACAUAGAGGAGCUCCUCUCCUGUUGGAAGAAUCUUAAGAGCCCUGUCUUCAUUGAACUAGUCUCCAGAUUCUAUGGAGAGCUCUGCAGAGACCUGUUUUCAGGUGAAUGAACUCAUCCAAAGAGCUUUUUUAUCUUACUUUGUCAAUCAUUGAACACACCAUUUUAAAGUUUCCAAGUGCAAAGUGAAACUUAAAUGUGUGAAGACUAUCAAGAUUGUAAUUUUAUGAG